ACUUUCACUCGACUCAAACCCAGCUCCUCGCCUGCUGAAGGUCUCUGGCACGUUCAACUGAACAAAGAAUUCUAGUCUGUUGCUGACGCUUUUAAAGCUCUACCAGCGAUGGCCUCCUGCAGGGGGCUCCUUUCUGAGGAGCAGUUCCAGUGCUCCCUCUGCUCGGAGGUGUUCAGCAGCCCUGUCUCCACGCCCUGUGGGCACAGCUUCUGCAGGGCCUGCAUACAGGGCUACUGGCAGGGCCGGGGUGCCUGCAUCUGCCCCCGCUGUGGGGCGGGCUUCCCGGGCUGGCCCGGGCUCUGUGAGAACGCGUUUGCCAGAGAGAUGGUGGAGAAGUUCCGCAGGCUGAGGCUGGAGCGGCCCCGCCCGGAGGACCCGGCUGCAGCCCCGCCCGGAGGCAUGGCCUGUGACGUGUGCAUCGCGGGAAAGCAGGCGGCAGUGAAGUCCUGCCUGGUGUGCCUGACCUCAUACUGCCAGCCUCACCUGGAGCCUCACCUGAGGGUGGAGGGCCUGAAGAGGCACAAACUCCUCCCCCCCACCGCUGACCUGCAGGACCGACAGUGCCGGGAGCACCAGAGACCCCUGGAGCUGUUCUGCAGGAGUGACCAGUCCUGCGUGUGUGUGCUGUGCACCGACACUCUCCACAAGUCACAUGACUGCAUCCCCGCAGAGAGGGCGUGGACAGAGAAACAGGCUCAGCUGAAGAAGACUGAAGCAGAGGUGCAGCAGAUGAUGCAGGACAGAUGGAAGAAGGUGGAGGAGAUCAGACAAUGUGUGGAGCUGAGCAGAAGCAGCACGCAGAGAGAGAUUGAGGACAGCGCACAGGUGUUCAGUACUCUAAUGCGCUCCAUUGAGACUCGCCAGGCUGAACUGACUGAGGUGAUGGAAGAGAAGCAGAGAGCAGUCGAGAAACAUGCUGAAGACCUCAUUAAAGACCUGGAGCAGGAACUCACUGAGCUGCAAAACAAGAAAUCUCAACUGGAGAACCUCUCACAAACUGAGGAUCAUCUCUACUUCCUACAGAGUUUCCAGUCUCAGUGCACCCUCCCAAACACCCAGGACUGGUCUGGUGCUGGCAUUCACACUGAUGUGUGUGUGGGAGCUGUGAGAAGGUGUGUGGAACAGCUGGAGGUCUCUCUCGCCGAGCAAGAGGACAAACUGGCCCAGAUGGAGAUGCAGAAGCUUUGCCAAUAUUCAGUGGGCGUGGUGCUGGACCCUGACACGGCGCAUCCCUGGCUGGCGCUCUCGGCGGACGGGGGCGGCGUGGGGGACGGGGAGCAGGAGCAGGACGUCCCAGAUGGGCCCCUGCGCUUCGACAGGGCCCCCUGCGUGCUGGCGCAGGACGCCUUCUCCUCCGGCAGGCGCUACUGGGAGGUGCAGGUGGGGGACAAGACAAGCUGGGACCUGGGCGUGGCCAGAGCGUCAAUCACCAGGAAGGGCGGGGUCACGCUGUCGCCAGGAUACGGGUUCUGGGCUUUGUGUGUGAGGGGUGGGAGUGAGUAUCAGGCCUGUGCAGACCCUCCCCUCCCCCUCCCCCUCAGAGAGAGGCCCAGGACUGUGGGGGUGUUUCUGGACUACGAGGCGGGGCAGGUUUCCUUCUACAACGUGGGGGCCAGGACUCAUAUCUACUCCUUCACUGACUGCUCCUUCACUGAGCCACUGUACCCCUACUUCAGCCCCGGAGUCAAUGACAACGGCACCAACACAGCCCCUCUGACCAUCCUCUCCCCUGUCAAUCAUGUGGGGGGCGGGGCUUCCUGUGACGAGCAGCCGGAGGAGGAGGAGUUGGUGAGAUUAUGACAGUGAUAAACGCUGUCUGACCUCUUUCUGUUUGAAACAGAUUGGAACAGAUUUUUGACAACAGUGUAUUUAUUUUCCCUGAGUAAUAUUUGCAGG